AUGUCUGUCGUAGAUAUAUCUGUUUCUAAGUAUUCUGAAAAACCUGAGUCGUUUGAUGGAAAGAAUUUUAAGAGAUGGCAAACGAAACUGCAAUUUUAUUUGACAACUCUUAAAGUCAUUCAUGCUAUUGAAUCAGAUAAAUCCAUUUUUGUAAUUGCUGAUAAUCCUACUGAUAAGGAAAUAGAUGAAUUAGUUAAUUGGGAACAUAAGGAUUAUAUGUGCAGGAAUUAUAUUCUGAAUUGUUUGACGUUAGAUUUAUAUGAUGUUUACUUAUCGUGUAAAUCUACAAAAGAAUUAUGGAAUUCCUUAGAAAAGAAAUAUGUUACAAAAGAUGCUAGAACCAAGAAAUUUGUUGUGAGAAAGUUUCUAGAUUUUAAAAUGAAUGACGGUAGAACUGUGGUUAGUCAAGUUGAAGAAUUGCAGAUUAUAAUUCAUGAAAUUAUUGCAGAAGGAUAUAAAAUCUAUGAGGGCUUUCAAGUGUUAGCUAUAAUUGAAAAAUUGCCACCUUCUUGGAAAGCAUAUAAAAAUGGUUUGAAGCAUAAGAGAAAAAAAAAACCCUUAGAGGAUCUGAUUAUCAGGAUUAAAAUUGAGGAGGACAAUAGAAUGACUGAACGUAGAGAAAGACCAGAUUUUGAUACCAAGGCUAAUCUUAUUAAAGGAAGUUUUGUAGUAAAAAACCAGUUGGAAAUUUUACAAAGGGUCAAAAAAAAUUUUGGUAAAAUUUUAGAGUCAGAAACAAGGGAAAACAAUUUGUAG